AAACACAAUUGUUUUGAAGCAGUGAAAGAGAAAACAGAAGAACAAGAUGUUGUGACAAGGCAUUUACAGUCUGUGACCAUCAUGUAUGUGAGCUCCCUCUUGGAUAAAGAAACCAGCAUGUAUCCAGGAUCCGCAAGGGGUAACAACAACCUGCCAGUGCAAAACUUUGUGUCUACUCCACCUUAUUCAGAUUACAUGGGAUAUCAUCAUGUGCCAGCUCUGGACACCCAUGGACAGCCUGCAGGGACCUGGGGAUCUCACUACGGCCCACAGAGGGAGGACUGGAACGCUUACGGCCCAGGACCUUCCAGCACGGUUGCUGCUGCCCAGCUCAAUGGCUCAUCUCCUGUAGGGCAGGGCUCCUACAGUUCUGCUGAUUACAGCUCCCUCCAUCCCGCUGGAGCUGGGGGGUUACCUCCUGUAGAAACAAUUAAUACACAGCAAAUCUCUCCCACCAGCCAAAGGCACAGCUCUUAUGAAUGGAUGAGGAAAACGGUGCAAGCUAACACUACUGGUAAAACAAGAACAAAAGAGAAGUACCGAGUUGUUUACACAGAUCAUCAGAGACUGGAACUAGAGAAGGAAUUUCACUGCAACAGAUACAUCACAAUAAGGAGAAAGUCAGAACUUGCAGCAAACCUGGGACUAUCUGAAAGACAGGUGAAAAUCUGGUUCCAGAAUCGCCGAGCGAAAGAAAGAAAAAUGAUCAAGAAGAAAAUCUCUCAGUUUGAUGGCAGUGGGGGCUCAGCUCAGAGUGACUCUGGCUCACUCAGUCCAAAUGAAAUAUCCAGUUCUCUGUUCCCACCACCACAUGGAAUAAAUGGAUUACAGCCUAAUGACAUUCAUCAAGUCAUAGUUUCUGAAUGAACCAAAGG